ACUCUAGUUGUCUUGGUUGUGAAACUUUCCCCGCUGAGAUCCGGUGAAGGAGCCCGUCGAGGGCAGAAGCGAGGCCGGACACUUCUUACAGGACAGACCCGCAGAGACUCAGCGACGUGGAAACAUGCCUCUGCGAUUGGACAUCAAGCGGAGGCUGACGGCCCGAUCAGACCGGGUGAAGAGUGUGGACCUGCACCCCACAGAGCCGUGGAUGGUGGUCAGCCUCUACAGCGGCGCCGUGGUGGUCUGGAACCAUGACACACAGACGAUGGUGAAAACCUUCGAGCUGUGUGAGCUGCCGGUCAGAGUGGCCAAGUUUGUAGCCAGGAAGCACUGGCUCAUUGCUGGAUCAGAUGACAUGCACAUCCGUGUGUUCAAUUAUAACACACUGGAGAGAGUUCACAUGUUCGAGGCCCACGCUGACUACAUCCGCUGCAUCGCUGUCCACCCUUCACAGCCCUACAUCCUCACCAGCAGUGAUGACAUGUUGAUCAAGCUGUGGGACUGGGACAGAAAGUGGGCCUGUAGUCAGGUGUUCGAGGGCCACACUCACUAUGUCAUGCAGAUUGUUAUCAACCCCAAAGACAACAACCAGUUUGCCAGUGCCUCUCUGGACAGGACCAUCAAGGUGUGGCAGCUGGGCUCCAGGACUCCUAACUUCACUCUGGAGGGUCACGAGAAGGGAGUGAACUGUAUUGAUUACUACAGUGGAGGAGACAAACCCUACCUCAUAUCCGGGGCGGAUGAUUGCCUUGUCAAGAUCUGGGAUUAUCAGAACAAAACCUGUGUUCAGACUCUGGAGGGUCACGCCCAGAAUGUGACAUGCGUCUGCUUCCACCCUGGGCUGCCAAUCAUCCUCACAGGCGCUGAGGAUGGCACUGUUCGAGUGUGGCACUCCAACACCUACCGACUGGAAAACACACUCAACUAUGGCAUGGAGAGGGUGUGGUGUAUCUCUGGCCAGCGUGGCUCCAACAGUGUGGCGAUUGGUUAUGAUGAAGGCAGCAUCAUCAUCAAGCUGGGUCGGGAGGAGCCUGCCAUGUCGAUGGACUCCAGCGGGAAGAUCAUGUGGGCGCGCCACUCCGAAGUGCAGCAGGCUAACCUGAAGGCCAUGGGAGAGGCUGAGGUCAGGGAUGGAGAGAGGCUGCUGCUGGGCGUCAAAGACAUGGGCAGCUGUGAGAUCUACCCCCAGACCAUCCAGCACAGCCCCAACGGGAGGUUUGUUGUGGUGUGUGGAGAUGGAGAGUACAUCAUCUACACUGCCAUGGCCCUGAGAAACAAGAGCUUUGGCUCAGCACAAGAGUUUAUCUGGGCACACGACUCCUCACAGUAUGCCAUAAGAGAAGGAAGCAAUAUGGUCAAAAUCUUUAAGAACUUUAAAGAGAAGAAGGCUUUUAAACCUGACUUUGGAUCUGAAGGUAUCUUUGGUGGUUUCUUACUAGGAGUGAGGUCAAACAACGGUCUGGCCUUCUACGACUGGGAGAGCGCUGAACUAGUCCGCCGUAUCGAGAUCCAACCCAAACAUAUUUUCUGGUCUGACUCUGGAGAGCUGGUGUGUAUCGCCACAAAUGAGUCUUUCUUUGUGCUCCGCUAUCUGCCAGAGAAAGUGUCAGCAGCCAUGGAGUCGAAAGAAGCAAUGACCGAAGAUGGUAUAGAGGACGCCUUUGAGGUGCUGGGGGAGGUCUCAGAGGUGGUGAAGACAGGAGUGUGGGUGGGAGACUGCUUCAUGUACACCAGCUCUGUUAACAGACUCAACUAUUAUGUCGGAGGAGAGAUCAUCACCAUUGCUCACAUGGACAGGACCAUGUAUCUGCUCGGCUACAUCCCCAAGGACGACCGUCUCUACCUUGGAGACAAGGAACUCAACGUGGUCAGCUACUCCCUGCUGCUCUCUGUGCUUGAAUACCAAACUGCUGUCAUGAGGAGGGACUUCAGCACGGCCGACAAGAUUCUACCCACAAUUCCCAGGGAGCAGAGGACCAGGGUUGCCAACUUUUUGGAGAAACAAGGUUUCAAGCAGCAGGCCCUGGCUGUGUCCACAGACCCAGAACACAAGUUUGAACUGGCUCUGCAGCUGGGAGAGCUCGACACUGCCUACAAACUGGCUCUGGAAGCAGAGUCAGAGCAGAAAUGGAAGCAAUUGGCAGAACUGGCGACAACAAAGUGCCAGUUUAGCCUGGCCCAGGAGUGUCUGAACCAUGCUCAAGAUUACGGAGGAUUACUGCUGCUGGCCACGGCCUCGGGCAACACCAGCAUGGUGGGCAAGCUGGCUGAGGGGGCCGAGAAGGAUGGCAAGACAAACGUGGCUUUCCUCACCUACUUCAUGCAAGGACGAUUGGACAAAUGUCUGGACCUUCUCAUCAAAACAGAUCGACUGCCAGAAGCUGCUUUCCUGGCAAGAACAUACCUGCCCAGCCAUGUGCCAAGGGUGGUGCGCCUGUGGAAGGAGAGUCUGUCCAAGGUCAACCAGAAGGCGGCAGAUGCUCUGGCUGACCCCACCCAGUACGCCAACCUGUUCCCUGGCCUCCAGCAAACCCUGCUGGCUGAGCAGUACCUGAAGGAGACUCAUGUCAGGGUCAGACCGGCUGCAGAAUACCCUCUCAUCAUGCCGAACGAGGAUCGUAAUGUUCUGGAGGAAUCUGCAGGUUUUGUGUCCAAAGAGGAAUUCAGCGAGCCAGAGGAAGUGGUGCAAAGCAUGAAGGAAAGCUUCACAGUAGAAGCAGCAGCACCAGCAGUGGAGGAACCAGUUCCAGUAAAACAGGAGGAGACUGAUCCCAUUUCAACAACAGAAGAAGAAUCCGUUCCAUCAGCAGCUUCACCUCUUCCUGUCGCCAUGACUCAGGAGGAUGAAGACCCCCAACAAACAGAGCCUGCUUCCUCUGAGGUGGCUGCAACUGAACCAGAGGUGGCAGCAAUAAGGGAAGAGGCCAUCACUACAUCAGAGGAGGCUUCAGACCCUGUAGAGGAAGACAUCUUGGAGGAGUCCAUCAUAGACAGUACCCCUAAAGAGCCAGAGAUGGUACAGUCCACACCUGUAGAGGAUGUCAUAUCUUCAGUUGAGGAGGAUGUUCAGGAAAUGUCCCAAGUGACUGAUGCUGCUCCUGAUUCUGAAACAUGCAUCACUGAGACAACAGUAGAGACCGUCAUGGCAACAGAAGCACAACUGGAAACGGUGGCAACAAAAACCUUAGCAACCAACGAUGUUCCAGUUACCACUGCAUUAUUAACAAUCGACGUAGAUGAACAAGCAACAGCAUCUGAAGAAAUGCCUGUUUGUGACAAGCUGGAAAAAGAUGUAAUCUCUUUCGAUGCACCACCCAUCAUAGAUGCAGCAGCAGCAGCAUUAGAGGAAGAAACUUCUGUUGUUAAGGAGGUUUUGGAAAUAGCACCAUCAGCGGUCGCAGUGGAGGAGCUCAUCUCCUUUGAAAACACAGACAGCUCAGUGCUGGACGAGCCUGUGCAAGUCGAGACUUCUACAGGGUUUGUCCUUGACCCACUGAUGGACCCGCUUGAUGAUACAAUGCCAGUGUUAAAGCCAGACGCAGCCGACGAACCAAGAGAAGAGGGACAGUCCACAGGAAGGCCAGAGGACAGCCUGGAGCCUCUUGUGUCCCUGCAGGCAGAGUCACUGGUUUUAUCAGCAGUACAAGCUCCUACAGAGACAAGCGUGGCAUCAGACGGAGCUGAUAAACCAGCAGAGGAUCUUGAGGUGGAUUUUCAUGACGAGGACCUGGAGGAUCUGGAUCUGGACAAUUUUGACUUGGAGGAUAUCGACACUACAGACAUCAACCUGGAUGACGAUUUAAUGAGUGAAUAAGAACAGAGCCGAACUCUUUUCCAGUGUUUCAGUGACCAAACACAAAGGACCGUGAUAUAGGCUUACAGACUCACAUGCCUUUGAAACUUAAUUUACAAACGUUUUUUGGGAUGCAAGCUGAAACAGUCAUGUUGAUAUGGAUUUGUAACUAAAUUUAUAUUCCAUGAGGUUAGUGUGAACGGUUUUGAUUGAUCCAGGCUUUAUUCCAACCAAAGAACAAGCCUGCAAACUGAAAGGGAAGCUGUUGGGUUUUGAUGAGAAAUGGGGAUAAGUGGGGUUUUGUAUAAAUGUGUUUGAAAUGUGGCAUUGUGUACAUUGCAGUCACCAUAACUAUUUCUCGCGGAGACUGAUGUGGGUGGCAAAUGAUUAAACCGUUUUUCUACAGUUUAGACAAUUUAUGUUCAAAUAGUCAUGUAAAAGUAUUUAAAGUGUCAUCAGUUUACAAUGAAAGAACAAUGGGGGGCGUACGCGUCCCACUUGUAGGGGUUUCACCAGCUGAUGGCACAUCUUCAUGCAACUAAAAUUUCUUGUGCUUCCUCUUUACAGCAGUGCUGUAGCUUAGUUGGUGAAAGUGCCUGCCUGGUUAACGAGAGAUCCUGGGUUCAAAUCCCAGUUGUGCCUUAAUCUUUUCUCUUAUUACCUCAUACUAUUGAUAUGGGUCUUUAAAAGCCAUUGAGGAAUUCUUGAUGUUUUUCCUCUGUUGAAAAAUGUUAAAUGCAAACACAAGGACAAAUCCUUUCACUUUGGUUAAACUGUGUCUGUCUUAUUUUUUUAUGUCUUUAUAUUUGACAUCUUAUCCUGAAUCAAAACGACUUUAAGCUUAAUGUUUAUCCAAUAAGCUAUAACAGAACCAAGCAUCUGAACUUGAAAAGUGAAUCAAAUGCCCAUCUCUUAAUAAAGUCUUUCCCAGUUCGUUA